AUGCUGUACGAUCCGAUAGACGUAAGUGAUGAAUCAUCCUUUGAUGAGGAUGAUGAGGUGUUUAUGAAAGAAAUUUCGGAAAGCGUAGCCUCAGUCAUUCCUGAAAUAUUCCCUACCGAAAUCCAAAUUGUUCUGACCAAAGGACAUUGCCAAUUACAUUAUGGUCCGAUUCAUAAGAUGCCCAAGGAUGUCCUAGUGGAAUGCUUACUGUUGGUAGAAUCCAACUUGAAAUCAUUCUAUAUAAAGCGCCACGGAUUGGGAUGGAAGUCCGAUAAACUCAAGGAAAUGCAAGAAACUGGAUUGAUUUAUGUUUGGUACACUGAUUCGAAUAACAAAUUGAUAGGGUUUAUUUCAUUUAUGUUAUCCUACAGUGACCAGUACAAAGUACUCUAUCUAUAUGAAAUACAUGUGGCUCGAGAGUAUCAUUCGAUGAAAAUAGGUUCUCAGUUGAUUGAUAAGUUGCAUGAAUUUUCUUAUUACUUAAAGACGAUAGUUCCAAAAAAGCCUGAAUACCGUAAUUUCAAUAACGAUGGGACAAGCUUAACUGUUUUCAGUGAUAACUCUAUGGCCUUGCAAUGGUACUAUAAAUUAGGGUAUCAGCUAACUAUAGAUUCCCCAACCGAUAAGGUUUUGAGAAAUACGGUAGUAAAGCCUGAAUACUACUUACUUAUUCGCUUCAAUCAUGGCCUUCCUAAUACGCAUACUUAG